CCGGGCCGUGCCGGGGGAGGAGGGGGAGCAGCGCCGCCGCCGCCGCCGCCGCCGCCGCCGCGGGCGGGCCCGUCCCCCAGCGUCCCCCCCGAACACCAUAGGCGGCUCCGGCUCCAAGAUGUCCAACCGGGUGCUCUGCCGGGAGGCCAGCCACGCCGGCAGCUGGUACACGGCCUCAGGACCCCAGCUGAAUGCACAACUAGAAGGGUGGCUUUCUCAAGUACAGUCCACAAAAAGACCUGCAAGAGCCAUUAUUGCACCCCACGCAGGAUACACGUAUUGUGGAUCUUGUGCAGCCCAUGCUUACAAACAAGUGGAUCCUAAUAUCACCCGAAAAAUUUUCAUUCUUGGGCCUUCCCAUCACGUGCCCCUCUCCCGAUGUGCACUUUCCAGUGUGGACAUUUACAGGACACCUCUGUAUGAUCUCCGAAUUGACCAAAAGAUUUAUGGAGAAUUGUGGAAGACUGGAAUGUUUGAGCGUAUGUCCCUACAGACAGAUGAAGAUGAACACAGUAUUGAAAUGCAUUUGCCUUAUACUGCUAAAGCCAUGGAAAGCCAUAAGGAUGAGUUUACUAUUAUUCCUGUGUUGGUCGGAGCACUGAGUGAGUCAAAAGAGCAGGAAUUUGGAAAACUCUUCAGUAAAUACCUAGCUGAUCCUAGUAACCUCUUUGUGGUUUCUUCUGACUUUUGCCAUUGGGGUCAGAGGUUCCGUUACAGUUACUAUGAUGAAUCCCAAGGAGAAAUUUAUAGAUCCAUUGAGCACCUAGAUAAAAUGGGUAUGAGCAUUAUAGAGCAGCUAGAUCCUGUAUCUUUUAGCAAUUACUUGAAGAAAUACCAUAAUACAAUAUGUGGAAGACAUCCUAUUGGAGUGUUAUUAAAUGCUAUCAACGAGCUCCAGAAGAAUGGAAUGAAUAUGAGCUUUUCGUUUUUGAAUUACGCUCAGUCAAGCCAGUGUCGAAACUGGCAAGACAGCUCAGUGAGUUAUGCAGCUGGAGCACUUAUGGUCCACUGAACCACUGAAUGCUCAGGGAUGGCACCUGCACACACUCUGUAUACGGGGUCCCAGCCUAGCCCUUACAAAGAUACAGUCCCUGGUCUUUGGGUAUACUGAAACCUCAAACUAAUAGAACUCUGUUCUUUUCUAGUAGGUGUAGUCCUUCCUUAGUUUCAACUCAUUUAAAAAUGCUUUCUUGUUUAGGACAAUGGAAGGAAGGCUGGUAUAAGAACUUUUUGUGCUUUUUUUUUUUGCCUUUUUUUUUCUUUUUUGUUUUUUGGGGAAGAGAUAAUGGCUGUGAAGGCAUGGUGGUAGACUGUCCUUACAAAUACAACAUAUAAAGCAUUUACCAUAUCCUAAAUUUGCACUCUUUGCAGACCUGUGCACAUAUACUCUGCUUUCAGAAUAGUUUUGCAAGUUGUAAACGGAAAAAGGGGGUGGAAGCUUUUUAAUAAAAGAAAAAAAAAAAGGAAAACAACGCAUUUAUAAAUUAUCCUGUAUUAGAAUAUAAUAAAACUCCAGUAUAGUCAGUUACUACCCGUGAUGUACAACAGAUAUCUUCUAUUUUAGUUGCUAAUAAAGGGCUACACAAACCAAAA